AAAUUCAAGAGAGAACAGUUCCUUAAUUUCCAGUUCCUCUCUCAUUCACACUAGGAACAAACAUGGUAAUACUCAAAACAAUCCCCGGACUCAAGAGUCACUAACCUAUACAGAAACCUAUAAGUUCGUGUGCUAAAUGUAGCAGUUUUUCCCAGGGACGAAGACUAGUUGGCCAACCAUUUAAUUUUCCUGUGGAGUCCGGAAGCGGGUGUCCCUGUUUUGCAAAUCGGAACUUAUAAACAGCUGCUCUGUGUUUAGGGCUCUCCUUGAGAUGUUCUCAGGGUAUCAGGAGCGGGAUGACUACGAGGACGAGUUAUACCGGGAUGAUGCGGACUCGAGUUUGUCUGACACCGACAGUGAACUGGAGUUCCGGCUUUAUUCGCAGCUGCACUACAGCGCUGAGAUCCAGGAGGAGCGUGAGGACUCGAGAGAGGUCCAGUCAUCAGUACCACGGACUCAAACACAGCAGAAAUCCUUGCCUCAUGCUCCGCCUGUAGAUGUUAUUGUGAUUGACUCUGGCACAGAUGUUAUCACAGUGUCAGACAACUCUGAGGAAGAUGACAGCGUCUGUGCUAAAAAGGGUCAAUCAUCAAAACGCUGGAACAGGAAGUUGCAGACCCAUAGCUUGCUUUCACCCUCUCUACCACAAGUUCAAGCAAGAAGGAGCUCCCCAGAUGAUGUUGUUGUGUUGGAUUCUGAUUCAGACGACAGCUCUUCUGAAUCUGUCCCUCCUUUUGUGGAGGAUCUGGAUUCGGACUCAGAUGGGCUGGAGAACUGGAUGAUUCUGGGCCAAGACAAACAGGAUGGAGAUCAGACCAUCCAGCUCAACCUCUCCUUAGCAGAACAUGCAAAUGAUGAAGAGAAUAAGCAGAUCUGGGCUGUAUCAGAAAAGGAUAAAGAGGCUCAGAUCUCUAAUAAAAGGUUUGGCCCGAGGCGUGUUUCAAACCGUUACUACAAUGAAAAAUCCAUCACGUGUCACAACUGCAAAAAGUCCGGCCAUCUCUCCAAAAACUGCCCCGCACCAAAGAAGGUGCAGUGCUGCUCAUUAUGUGGGCUUCAGGGACACUUUCUGAGGACCUGUCCGAACCGUUACUGUUCUAACUGCUCGCUGCCCGGCCACACCAGUGACAACUGUCUGGAGAGAGCUUACUGGCACAAACGCUGCCACCGCUGUGACAUGACCGGACACUUCUUUGACGCUUGCCCAGAAAUCUGGAGACAGUAUCACAUUACGACUACUAAGGGACCCUUCUGCAAAGCCAGUGAUCCAGAGGCCUGCAGGAAACCUGCCUACUGUUAUAACUGCUCUAAGAAAGGACACUUUGGCCAUGAAUGCGCCCAGAAGAGAAUGUAUAAUGGUACAUAUCCCACCCUGCCGUUUAUUUCCCGUUACGACACAAAGGAUGACAUUCAUUACCGGGAAAUUCGAGUUAAAAAGCAGGCCCUAGAACUCAAGCAAGCUGGAUUGAUUUCACCUGACAGUGCUGUCAUUACAUAUACCCCCCAACCGCCCAGGAAGAAACAAAAAACCAGCCACAAACAUUCUCCAUACCCAUACAGCACUCACACCAACAACCAGCACACGCCGAAGAGACGCAUCGCACACACACCCAAACACACAUACUUCAAUGUCAACCAGAACUCCGAAACGCCAGGGAACCACGGCAAACACACCCCUAAGAGCAAGUUUAAACCACAAAAGCAAAGCCAGAAUGAAGCCAAAAAGAAGAAAAAGAAAACUCAAUCUGAAGAUUUUGUUUUAGAUGAAGAUGCAGACUUUCCUAGAGGUUACAAAAAGAGACCUCACAAGACAAGAGAUGUUUCAUCACCUCGGAAAGCCAAUGUGAAGCCGAAUAAGCCCUUUGGAAUGGAAAAGAACAAUAAAAAGGACAAAAUAUCGAAAAAGAAGGAAAGGAAAUGGCAAAAGAGAGAACGAAAAGCUGCAAAAGAUUCAUCCAUGUAUCCUUCCGAUGAAAACCUUUUUCUGAUUAAGCAAAGAAAGGUAUGAAGAUAUAUUUAAAAAAGGCAAAUUGCAUGAAACAGGACGUCAAGUGAUUCAGAUGAUUCCCCCUCUACUGGUGGUUGCUUUUGGUCCAUCUUCUUUCAAUCCACAUGGCUUUGUAUACUGUAUUACAGUUUUUUAGGUUGUUCUUGGAAGAAAAAUUCUACGCAAAUCUGACCGUCUCACCCAAACACAGUUAAUUACUCAGUGCAUGGCUGCACUAUGUAAUGUUUGACAUUAAAAAGGUGUCCUGCUUGUACAUGACAAGUGUAUAGAGUUUUGAAGAGUUUUGAGAAUUUUGUGUACAUGCUGACUUCUGUAACAUUGUGAUUAAAUUAAAGUCUGUUUGUAUUGA